ACGCUGUCAUCAGCCAGGACCUGAGACAUGGCAUCGGGGCCCGGCCCAGGCCCCCCCAGGCAGGAUUGCAGCGAGCCUGAGCCUGGCCCGUCUUCCACCUCAGAGGAGCAGGUGGCCCAGGAGACCGAGGAGGUCUUCCGCAGCUAUGUCUACUACCGCCACCAACAAGAGCAGGCCGAGGGUGCCGUCGCAUCCCCUGACCCAGAGAUGGACACGCUGCCCCUGGAACCCAGCAGCACCAUGGGGCAGGUGGGCCGACAGCUGGCCAUCAUCGGGGAUGACAUCAACCGGCGCUAUGACGCUGAGUUCCAGACCAUGCUCGAGCAGCUGCAACCCACGUCCGAGAAUGCCUACGAGUAUUUCGUCAAGAUCGCUAAAAGCCUGUUUGAAAGCGGGAUCAACUGGGGCCGCGUGGUGGCACUCCUGGGUUUCGGCUACCGUCUGGCCCUGCACGUCUAUCGCCAAGGCCUGACCGGCUUCCUGGGCCAGGUGACCCGCUUCGUGGUCAACUUCAUGCUGCACAACCACAUUGCCCGCUGGAUCGCGCAGAGGGGCGGCUGGGUGGCAGCCCUGGACCUAGGUAACGGCCCCAUCCUCAAUGUACUCAUUGUUCUCUCCGUGGUUCUGCUGGGCCAGUUCGUGGUACGAAGAUUUUUCAAGUCCUGACAACUACUUCCCACCUCAGGAUUGAGAGUCUCAGGCUGGGGUUGGGGGUCACCGCUGAAACUCCCCACUUUGACUUUACCCAAGUCUCACCCACUCCCUUCAGAGGUCCUCCCUUGAGUACAGAAGCUUUAGCAAGUGGGCAUUUGAGCCCCGGAGGGUCCCUGCCCUGGCUGCAGCCCCCACCCCAACAAUUCAUGGUGCUAAUGCGCCUCAUCCCUGUCAGACAGGGCCUAGAGUCUCCUCUCUCAGCUCUCCUCAGACCUGUCUGCUGGAGGAGAUACAUGGGGUGAGAGCCGGUGAAUCAUUUUCUUCCCAAGAUGUGUUUUUUAAUGGUUUAGCUUUUUAUGUUUGUUUUGUGUUUUAUUUCUUUUUGUUUUGGGGCCAUACCCGGAGGCACUCAGGGGUUACUCCCGACUCUGCACUCAGAAAUCUCUCCUGGCAGGCUCGGGGGACCAU